AUGGCAACAAGUGCAGCCUUGGACACUGAUGGUCUUGGUCUUCACUUUCCAGUUUUAAUGCAGCAUCCAAAUGAACCAGAGAGGCCAAAAAUUUACACAUGCUGGCUUUGUGAUGGAAAGGAAAUGAAGGAUUACCGCUGCCAUUUGAAACUUGCAAACCAUCAGGGUAGAGUGGCAAAUUAUCGCAAGUCUCUGCUUGAUGCAGGUGCCAAUGUCACUUUCAACACCAUGUCACAGGGAGAUAUGAAUGUAUUUGAAGGUGAUGAAAGGUAUCAAGCGCUCAUAAAAUCUCCAACAGUUGAUGAUGAUAUAGACAUAGGGUCUAUACUCUCAGAAGAUUCAGAUGGAAGUGAUGAACUCAAAGGAGAAGAUGAUCUAUCAGAUGAUAGUUGGGGAGAUGAAAUUCUUUUGAAUGCAAUUCAUAAGAAGGAUUCAAGUGAUGAUCAAGCAGUGUAUCAACCAGAACCAAGCACAGAUACCAACAUUUGUAGUGUGUGGAUCAAGAUGCUGGGAAACUGUUUCCCUCUCUCCAAGAAAGAGGAUGCUAUUGCACUUGUGUCUUUGGGGGGCACACACCUGCGUUUUGCAAGAGCAAUAUAG